AUGACUCAAUCAUCCUACUUGAUGGCCUUCAUCCGGAGUCUAAUGGAAAAUAGUUCCAUGGACAUUCGAGAAAAAAAGAAACGUCAACUGGAGAAGGAUUUUACAGAAACAGGAGCUGUACUGAAUAUAUGUCUUACUGAAAAGCUUCCUGAUGUGAAUAAAAUUUUAAGCACCUAUGGAAUAGUUUCACAACGUAUUAGAGAUAACAAAACAUCUGUCACUAAAAUACAAAGAGAUCUUAUGGAAUGUAAAAGUUUGUUAUACUGUAAUAGAGAAGAGUUACGAAGGCUGUGGUUGGAACUUGUUGAACAGAGGAGAUGUUUAGAAUUGGUGGAUCAAGUGGACCGAUUACGUUCUACUCCAGAUGUAUUGAAUUGUUUAGUAGCUGCACGUGCUUGGUCUGAAGCAACAUUUGUCAUGAUUAAUGCAAAUUAUAUGCUUGAAUCAGAUAUUGCUUCAAUUCCUGCAGUUCAAGGAUUGAAAACGGAGCUGACACAAAAGAAUAAGUUUCUUAUAGACGAAUUGAAAAAAGAAUUGAAUCGUCUACUCUAUGAUAAACCGUGUACUUUAGCCUUGAAUUCACGUCUACGUAACUUGGAUUCACUUCAGCUCCGCAAGUCAUCAUAUUCUAAUUUUGAGGAUUCUGCCUCAAUCAAUACAACUGCUGUUACACACUUUGUUAGUUUACCACUUUCAGAUUGGCAUAGUGCUUCUGUUGUUGAACCAAUAGUUGAUAGUAAUCUGUAUAAAGAACCACGUGCAGUAGCUAAAUCUGUGGCUUUAUCAGCUGCAUCACAUGCUGCAAAUAAUGAAUCAUCAUCGAUUAAUCAAAAUGGACAAUCACAACAACACCAACAAACCAGUAUGUCUCAUUCUGAUUGGAUACGUGAAAUUGUCGCUGUAACACAUUGUCUUAUGCGUUUACAAAAGCUACCACAGUUUCUUGGUGAUUGGCGACCUCAAACGCAUAUUUCACAUAUGACAGGGACUGGUCAUGUCUUCUCUGCACCUCUAAUUCUUGGUCAAGGUUUAAUCGGUGAAAUCCACAGGUCAAUUGUCUUGAAAAUAAGCAAAGCAGUUGAAAAUAAAGCAAUUGCUCAAAAUGACAGUAUGCCAUUAUCGGAUAUGAAUUCUACUAGAUAUCUUAUCAAGCUGUUAGAAUUAGUAUUUGAUGCAUUGUUUAUGCAAGCUAGAGCGUGUCUUCUUGUAUUACGUGCGUUGAAUACAGCUAAACAGAAACAAUUUAAAGCGUCAACAGAAUUAGAAGGUUUGACGUGUAAAUAUAUUUGGUCUUGUGUACAGCAUGAAGUUUAUUGUAUACUACUGACACAUUUGGGAAAUAUAUCACCAGCUGAAUUAAAUGAAGCAGCACUUGCUUCGACUAAAACUGGUCUAUUGAAAUUACAAUCCUCACGUAAUACGACGAAUAAUGAUAUGAUUAUGAUGUCACCAGGUACUGAUAGUCAAAAUCUACCAAUAGAUCCAACCAAGGUCGAUUUAAACACCCUAAUGGGUCGUAAACGAAUGGGUGCAUUUAAUUUUGCUUCAAUCACAAGUACAAGUACAUCAGGUAAUCCUACUUCUAGUAAUUCGGGUAAUACUACUGCGAAUACAAAUCCAAAAGAUCCACAAUCAAAUAUCACCGGAGGAAGUGGCGGUAAUACGUCGUCAAGUGGUACUGCUAUUGGCGGUGGUGGUCAAGGCGGCGGUAGUUCAAUUGGUGGUGGUGCUGCUAACGCUAAUCAAAUUCAAAAUAGUGUCACUUUAUUCAGUUUUUCAAAUGCAUCACACUAUCUUGGCAUAUCUAAUUACGUGUCAGAGAAUCGUGCUAUGUCCUUCUUACCGGGUGUAGAGAGUAAAUCUGGCCAAAAUAUUAUUGAUAAAGCCGCUCCGAUUUAUCCGUUGGCCUGUAGACCAUCUGGGGAUAAUAUAUUAAGUGUAUAUAAAAUGGUUAUGGAAUUUAUUGAAGCUGUGGAAUGGGAAAUGAUUAAGUAUACAGAAUUAUCAGAUUUACAUUCUGCUGCAUUUCUACAUGCUGGUGCUAGUCAUGAUGAUCGUCAAAGAUGUCAGUUACGUGAACAACUGAAGAACUUUAUUUCAAAUACAUAUCUACCUGGAAAACUUUCUUCACUACGUAAUAAACUACAAAGAUCGCUGAAUUCUCCGGAUGCUUUGACAGCUGUUGUCUCUCAACAGACUAUUCGUGAAUUGAAUCUCAGCAGACCGAUUUUAAUGAUUGUUUACACAGUGGAUCAGUGUUUAGAGGAAGUGAGAAAAAUGUGUACAGCUUUACCAGAAUACGCGAAUGGUUGUCUACAAAUUGGUUUAACAAUAUUAGAUGAUUUUAUAACUGCUGCAUGGAGAUUGUAUAGAAAUAUUGGUGAAGUUGAAAAAGGUGGGGGUUUAGCUGUGCCAAGUUCUGAAUGGUCAAAAGAUGAUGAUGUUAGUCGAUUUUGGAAAAAAUUCCCAUCAUGGCAACGUAUGGCUACACAUGAAGCACGUCUAUUGGCUAAUAAUACACUAAUGGAGAAAGCCUUCACAAAGAAACGACAUGGUGCAAUUGUUGCUCCUCCGGGUAGCACCACUACAGCUGGCUAUGAUGAUGCAGGCAAGCGUGAUAACAUUAAUUCAGCAGAUAGAAAAGGUUAUUCAGAAGAGCAAAAACUUGAUGGAAGAGAUAAAGCUACUACUUCAGGAGAAGGUGGUGAUUCGACAAUCACACCAGUCUGUGCAAUCGCCUUAGGCUUAUAUAAUAAUGAUAUAAGUAGUUGUAUUGCUGGUGGAAGUAGUAUUAGUAGUAAUAUGCAUACAACAACUAUAAUACCAUUUGCUAAUGGACUAGGCAGUAGUACAGAUCAGACGGAUAAUGCAGAUAGAGGAUUGGAGUACAUGCGUUUACAUGGAAUAAUUCAUGAACGUGAAGCAACACGAUUAGCUGUAGCUGAAACAGAUCAAUUAAUUCAUAUGAUACGAGAUGAAUUACCAGAGGAUGGAAAUAAAUCAGAACAAAUUCUACCUACAUUACGUAAUAUUCAAUUGAUUAAAGUAUUAGGCCGAUUAACUGAAUCAUUGUGCUGGUUGUGUCAUCGUGUUCUGAGCUUAGACACAUGGACACAAGAAUCUAAAAAAUAUCAAACGCGAUUUAACUUACGAAAUAAUUCUAUGGGUGGUGGUGGUGGUGGCGUUGGUGAAGAUGCAAGUUGUCCACCUGUAGAUUAUUAUAAUUCAUUUGUUACAUAUGCUAAAGAAUUGAAUCGAUUAUCUGAAGCCUGUCUGCUAAUGACCUAUUUGGAAGUACGUAUACAAGCAUUCAAUUAUUUUGGUACACUCCCAGAAGAUGUUACAUAUUGGUGUCCAUUGGAUGAUGUCGACGUAGAUAAAUAUGUAACAGAUUUUCUGUUGUUUAUUGAACAAGUUAAAGAUUUAUCGAUUCAUACGUUUAGUCGACAUAAAUUUCGGUUUAUUUUUGAUGGUCUUGGUGAUUUCAUUUCACAACUGCUACUUCGUUUAAUUCCACAAAUUGAAAGAAUGAAUGCUAAUGGGAAUAAAAAGAUGUGUCGAAAUGUUUAUCGUCUACAACAAGCAUUGACAACAUUAACUGAAAGUCAUGAAUCUGAUUUGAUUCGAGUUAAACAGCUAUAUGAAUUGUUCUUCUUAACACCUGAAAGUGUUGUCAAUCGCUUGAUGGAACAAGGUACAGCGUUUGAUCAUACUGUCUAUGCUAAUCUCUUACACUUGUAUCGACGUAGUCAUUCCACAUAUGCUUAUUCCAAAAUACAAAGUUGUAUAGCUCGACUGGCGACUGUUACACCAAGUGGACCGAUAUAA